CCGAUUUCUAUUCAUCUGUCAUCUCUUUGGAAGUCAUCUGCCUUUUUUCUUUUGAGCAGAGUUAAUCCUCGUUUGCUCCGUUUUCGCUUCAUUCAAUUCCUAUGUCCCAGCCUUGCUAGUCCUCGAGGAACGCGGAGGAGCGACCCUUUCCGCUGUUGUACACUAACAAUACUUUCGAUUUUUUUUCUUAGACAUUGACACAUUGCGUUACCGUAAAAGUUUCCCAAGCAACAUUGAAUCCCAAUAAUCAAUCGCAAACAUGCCGGAAAGAUUUAUUGUCGUAGGCGCUGGGCCUGUAGGAUCUCUAGCUGCUCUGUAUGCAGCAGCGCGGGGCCACAUUGUAGAAAUCUACGAAUUACGACCUGAUCUACGCGAUCCCCAAACCACUCCUCUGAACUUUGCCAAGUCCAUCAACCUGGCGCUCUCAGAACGAGGCAUCAACUCUCUGCGAGAAACCGCCCUGCCCGAGAUUGUGGAGUCGGUCCUCUCGGAAACCUUUCCCAUGCAAGGCCGCAUGAUCCAUGUUCAGAAGAAUGGCAAAUACAUCCGUGAGGCCCAAUUGUACGAUGCUCGCGGCAAAAAACUCCUAGCCAUGGACCGAACGGGACUGAACACUGCCCUUUUGGACCAUCUGGAAUCUAUGCCCAACGUCACCAUCCACUUCUCCCACAAGCUCACCGGCAUCGACUUCAGAUCACGCACAGCAUGGUUCGAACGCCAAACCACGAACGCCGCUCGCGCCAUCGAAAUCCAGGUCGGCUUCUCCUUCAUCAUCGGCGCGGAUGGCGCCCACUCCGCCGUCCGCUACCACAUGAUGAAGUUCGUCCCGAUGUCGUACCAACAACAGUACAUCGACAAACUCUGGUGCCAAUUCCACAUCCCGCCGUCCGAAACCACAGGAGACUUCCGCAUCCCGCCCAACUACCUCCACAUCUGGCCGCAAGACGAAUCCAUGUUCAUCGCGCUCCCCAACCUCGACAAAUCCUUCACCGCGACCCUCUUCUCCACCCGCGCCAACUUCCAAGCCCUCGACACCACCACCGACAUCCUCGACUUCUUCACCACCAAGUUCCCCGGCGUAGUGCCCGACCUCAUCUCCCCCCUCGAACUUGAAGACCAAUACAAGUCCAACCCGCACCUCCCCCUCAUCUCCAUAAAAUGCUCGCCCUACCACUACUCCUCAACCGGCGUCAUCGUCGGCGACGCCGCACACGCCAUGGUCCCCUUCUACGGGCAAGGCAUGAACGCGGGCCUCGAAGACGUCCGCGUGCUCUUCGAGAUCCUCGACCGCCACCCGCCCAACCAGCGCGCAAAAGCCCUCGACGAGUACUCCCGCCAGCGCGUGUCAGACGCCCACACAAUCAACGACCUCGCGCUGCGGAACUACGCGGAGAUGGCGACGGACGUCAAGCGCCCGCUGUACCUCGUCCGCAAGUGGAUCGAGGAGACGCUCGACCUGUGGGUGCCUGGGUUCGGCUGGGCGACGCAGUACUCGAGGGUUACGUUCAGUAAUAUGAGGUACUCGGAGGUGCAGGACCGCGCGCAGCGCCAGGCCAGGAUAUUGAAUGGCGUCGUUGGGUUGGCGCUGGCUUCGGCGGCGGUGUCGGGGGCGUUUUUCGUCAGGGCGGGUGGUGCCGAGAGGGUCAAGAUGGGCGUUUUGAAGAGCAUUUGCUGGGUUGCGAGACGGGGGUCGGAGUUGCUGCAAAGGGUUCAGGGAUAGAGUCUUCACCUUCAUUGGUUUCUGUAUAGUACGUUAUGUAUGCAUGUAAUUGUUGGACCGGGCGGGGCGGACGGAGUCUGUCAGAGUCAGCAUAGCAAAUGGCGGGAUGUUUGAUAUGUAAAUCGUAGAACCUUUUCCUUUUCCUUUUAUCUCAUCACGCAUAUUUUCCUGUACAAUCGAUCGAUCAAUCAUCCAUCAUAUUUCCUUAAACACUCACGUCAUUAGAAUUCCAAAAGACAUCG